GGGCGCAGGCGGCGCGGCGGCGCGGGGCGGAAACGCGCGCGCCUGAGAGCGGCGCGGAGCUUGGGUCGAGCCGGCUGGAGCAUCAUGGACACUGACCUGUAUGAUGAGUUUGGGAAUUACAUCGGACCAGAGCUUGAUUCAGAUGAAGAUGAUGACGAACUGGGCAGAGAAACCAAAGAUCUUGACGAGAUGGAUGACGAUGAGGAGGAUGAGGAUGUCGGCGAUCACGACGACGACCACCCAGGCAUGGAGGUGGUGCUGCAUGAGGACAAGAAAUACUACCCCACAGCGGAGGAGGUGUACGGGCCCGAGGUGGAGACCAUAGUUCAGGAGGAAGACACGCAGCCCCUGACAGAACCUAUUAUUAAGCCGGUGAAAACCAAGAAAUUCACUCUGAUGGAGCAGACGUUACCUGUCACAGUGUAUGAAAUGGAUUUCUUGGCUGACCUGAUGGAUAACUCAGAGCUCAUCAGAAAUGUCACCCUUUGUGGGCACCUCCACCACGGCAAGACAUGCUUCGUUGAUUGUCUGAUAGAGCAGACUCACCCAGAAAUCAGGAAGCGCUACGACCAAGAUCUCUGCUACACUGACAUCCUGUUCACAGAGCAGGAGAGGGGCGUGGGCAUCAAGAGCACCCCGGUAACCGUGGUCUUGCCCGACACCAAAGGGAAGUCGUACCUCUUCAACAUCAUGGACACACCAGGACAUGUGAAUUUUUCUGAUGAGGUCACGGCCGGCUUGCGCAUCUCAGAUGGGGUGGUCCUCUUCAUCGAUGCUGCUGAGGGGGUGAUGCUGAACACAGAGCGACUGAUCAAGCACGCCGUGCAGGAGCGGCUGGCCGUCACCGUGUGCAUCAACAAGAUCGAUCGGCUCAUCCUGGAGCUGAAGCUGCCACCCACGGAUGCAUACUACAAGCUGCGCCACAUCGUCGAUGAGGUCAAUGGGCUGAUCAGCAUAUACUCCACGGAUGAGAAUCUGAUCCUGUCUCCGCUCCUGGGCAAUGUCUGCUUCUCGAGCUCCCAGUACAGCAUCUGCUUCACACUGGGCUCCUUUGCCAAGAUCUAUGCUGACACCUUUGGUGAUAUUAACUACCAGGAGUUUGCUAAAAGACUCUGGGGUGACAUCUACUUCAACCCCAAGACGCGAAAGUUCACCAAGAAGGCCCCAACCAGCAGCUCCCAGAGGAGCUUCGUGGAGUUUAUCUUGGAACCUCUGUAUAAGAUCCUGGCCCAGGUGGUGGGUGACGUGGACACCAGCCUCCCAAGGACCCUGGAUGAACUCGGCAUCCACCUGACUAAGGAGGAACUGAAGCUAAACAUCCGCCCCCUUCUCAGACUGGUGUGCAAGAAAUUCUUCGGCGAGUUCACAGGCUUUGUGGACAUGUGUGUGCAGCACAUCCCGUCUCCGAAGGUGGGCGCCAAGCCCAAGAUCGAACACACCUACACGGGUGGCGUGGACUCCGACCUUGGCGAGGCCAUGAGCGACUGUGACCCCGAUGGGCCCCUGAUGUGCCACACCACGAAGAUGUACAGCACUGACGAUGGGGUCCAGUUUCAUGCCUUUGGCCGGGUACUCAGCGGCACCAUCCAUGCUGGGCAGCCGGUGAAGGUGCUGGGGGAGAAUUACACCCUGGAGGACGAGGAGGACUCGCAGAUUUGCACCGUGGGCCGCCUGUGGAUCUCCGUGGCCAGGUACCACAUUGAGGUGAACCGAGUCCCUGCCGGCAACUGGGUUCUGAUAGAAGGCGUGGAUCAACCCAUCGUCAAGACAGCGACUAUCACUGAACCCCGAGGCAAUGAGGAGGCUCAGAUUUUCCGGCCCUUGAAGUUCAACACCACGUCUGUCAUCAAGAUCGCCGUGGAGCCAGUCAACCCAUCUGAGCUCCCCAAGAUGCUGGAUGGCCUGCGCAAGGUCAACAAGAGUUACCCCUCCCUCACCACCAAGGUGGAAGAGUCUGGCGAGCACGUGAUCCUGGGCACAGGCGAGCUCUACCUGGACUGCGUGAUGCACGACCUGCGCAAGAUGUACUCGGAGAUAGACAUCAAGGUGGCCGAUCCUGUGGUCACAUUUUGUGAGACAGUGGUGGAAACGUCCUCCCUCAAGUGCUUUGCCGAGACGCCUAACAAGAAGAACAAGAUCACCAUGAUUGCAGAGCCCCUUGAGAAGGGCCUGGCCGAGGACAUUGAGAACGAGGUGGUGCAGAUAACGUGGAACCGGAAGAAGCUGGGAGAGUUUUUCCAGACCAAGUACGAUUGGGAUCUGCUAGCUGCCCGUUCCAUCUGGGCUUUUGGGCCUGAUGCCACCGGCCCCAACAUCCUGGUGGACGAUACCCUGCCCUCUGAGGUCGACAAGGCUCUUCUUGGCUCGGUGAAGGACAGCAUCGUUCAGGGUUUCCAGUGGGGAACCAGAGAGGGGCCCCUGUGUGAUGAGUUGAUCCGAAACGUCAAAUUUAAGAUCCUGGAUGCUGUGGUUGCCCAGGAGCCCCUGCACCGGGGCGGGGGCCAGAUCAUCCCCACGGCCAGGAGAGUCGUCUACUCAGCCUUCCUCAUGGCCACGCCACGUCUCAUGGAGCCGUAUUACUUUGUGGAGGUGCAGGCCCCUGCGGACUGCGUGUCUGCUGUCUACACUGUCCUGGCCAGGCGUAGGGGGCACGUAACACAGGAUGCGCCCAUCCCUGGCUCCCCUCUCUACACCAUCAAAGCCUUCAUCCCUGCCAUCGAUUCUUUCGGCUUCGAAACGGAUCUGCGGACUCACACGCAGGGCCAGGCCUUUUCCCUGUCUGUCUUCCACCACUGGCAGAUUGUCCCUGGUGAUCCUCUAGACAAGAGCAUCGUGAUCCGGCCCCUGGAGCCCCAGCCAGCCCCCCACCUGGCUCGGGAAUUCAUGAUCAAAACCCGGCGGCGGAAGGGCCUGAGUGAGGAUGUGAGCAUCAGCAAGUUCUUCGACGACCCUAUGCUGCUGGAGCUCGCCAAGCAGGAUGUAGUGCUCAAUUACCCCAUGUGAGCCCCCCUGCUGUUGGCGCCACCACCUGCUACACCCAAGCUUUCUGUCCUGGGCGGAGGUCAGACCAGCCAGGGGUCGGGCACCCCCCGCCCCAAGGAGGGAGCAGGUGCCCCCCACGCCCCGUUACUGCUGGCUUCGUUCCCAGGGAACAGAGUGGAUCUUGGGCUCUGCGAAGAACAAAGGGCCCAGUCUCCAGGAGUCUUAUGUUUUAUAAGUUUGAUCUUAGAUAUGAUUUUCAAGUGAACAGAA